GACAGAGCCAUUAUGCAAUUUUAAAAGUUAAAAUGAUGUGACUAAAAAGUUUACAUGAAAGCAAUUAAAGGCACCAGAGAAAUUCCCUAAUUUUAUUGCUAUGAAUAGUACGUGAACUGGGAGUGUUGAGGGAAGUAUUUAUGAGAAUAAAGGCAAGGCAAUUUUCAUUUACUUUUAGAAUUCGAGACAUAUCACCAGGUGCAAUUUCGGUCGCCGUCAUUCUAGAAUUCUAAAAUGGACUCCCUUUCUCUGGCCACCAUCUUCCUCUUCAUCUCCUUCGUACUCUUGGUAGUGAUGACCAAGCACCGGAAAAGAUCCAAAGGUGGAAAGCUGCCGCCGGGGCCCUGGAGACUGCCUAUCUUCGGAAGCAUACAUCAUUUAGUGGGCCGCACAUAUCCGCUCCGUCGCUUGAGGGAGCUGGCCAAAACAUACGGGCCUCUCAUGCACGUCCAGCUGGGGGAAGUUUCUGCCAUCAUUGCAUCUUCUCCCGACAUGGCCAGGGCCGUGCUCAAGACCCACGACUUGGCUUUCGCUUCCCGCCCAAAACUGAUGAUCGCGGAGAUCUUGUUCUACAAGAGCUCCGACAUCCUCUUCUCUCCCUACGGAGAGUACUGGAGACAGAUGCGCAAGUUCGUCGUCCUCGAACUCCUCAGCAACAAAAGCGUUCAAGGAUUUGGCUCCAUCAGACGGGACGAGUUGUCCCGCCUGAUGGAACUCGUACGGUCUCAAGAAGGCCGGCCGGUGAAUCUGACGGAGAUGGUCUUCCGAUUCACGAGCGCGAUGACGUGCCGGUCGGCGUUCGGGGGCAUUUUGGAGCAGGGGGACGAGUUCAUCACCCACAUCAAGGAUGUGCUGAUCUUACUGGGAGGGUUCGACGUGGCAGACAUAUUCCCCUCUCUCAAGUUCCUCCACGGUCUCAGCCCGAUGCGGCGGAGGAUAAUGAAAAUCCACCGAGAGGUGGACGCCAUUCUCAACGGCGUCAUCCACCGCCACAAGUGCAGGUCGUGGAACGGAGAGAUGGGUAGGGAGGAUCUGAUCGACGUCCUCUUGAGACUUAAGUGCACCGACGACGACGGGAUCCAGUUCUCGAUCACGGACGAAAACAUCAAGGCCAUCGUAUUUGACCUGUUCACCGCCGGAACAGAGACGUCAUCGAUGACGAUCGUGUGGGCGAUGGUGGAAAUGUUGAGAAGCCCGAGGGUGUUUGCCAAGGCGCAGGACGAGGUGAGGGGAGCGGGCAGGGAAUUCGACGUGGAAGAGCUCAAGUACAUGAAACUGGUGGUGAAGGAAACCCUCCGCCUCCACCCUCCGUCCCCUCUCUCAAUCCCGCGGGAGUGCAUGGAGGAGACGGAGGUCGAGGGGUACACGAUCCCGGCAAAGGCGUGGGUCAUGGUGAAUGCACAGGCAAUAAGCCGGGAUCCGGCGUACUGGGAGGACCCGGAGAGCUUCGUGCCGGAGAGGUUUGAUGAGAGCAGCCGGGGGGUCGACUUCAUGGGGAGUAACUUCGAGUUCUUGCCGUUCGGGGGCGGGAGGAGGAUAUGCCCCGGACUCUCAUUCGGGUUGGCUAAUGUCUAUCUCCCUUUAGCCAACUUGCUUUACCAUUUCGACUGGAACCUCCCUCGGGAGCCUGAGUAUGCACGUAGCAUAGACUUGACUGAAUUGCCCGGAAUUGCUGCCGGAAAGAAGGACGACCUCUACUUGGUUCCCACGCCCUAUACCUAUACUCCGUAAAUUGAGGGGAUGGAGAAUCUUAUUUUGUACCGAGUAGUAUUACCUUUCUUUUGUAAACCUGUUUACUUUUUAAUGAAUCAUGCUAUAAUUA